AUGGGCUGCCGGCUGGGCUACGCUACGCUCCUCUGGCUGGCCCUAUUCCCCGUUGUUGUCCACGCGUUGGCCCUCAUUGAAGUCUGCUUCUUCGCGUUUCUGUUCCUGGGAGUGCCGAUCCUCUGCGUCUUGCCCGGCCUGUGCAUUGGAUUGAUCGUCUAUUUCGCCGUUAGCCUGGCCAACCAGCCGACGACGUUCGUACAGGUGACGGGGUCCCAGACACCUCCGACACCGUCGCCCGCUGCUUGCCCACCCACCAAACAGCCCCACGCAUCUCAACCGUACGCAGCUCGACCGGCUCCAGCUUCUUCGGCGGCACCAUCUACAAUGGCUGUU